CUUUGCUCUAGUCAUGAGAGUGCAGAUUGAGGCUGCGAUGGCCUAUGCUUUGCUCCUGGACAAAUCCCGAUACAGCCUCUUGGCACCACAGCCCGAGCUCAUAACAUCGGCCCAUGUAAAGUAUAGAUAUAAAAAAAAACAAGUCCAAGGAGCUGAGGAUAAAUCGGCCAGCCUCAUCGUCAAGGCUCUCAAACAAGCGCACAUCUGCAGCGCAACACGCGUAUUCCGAAAACAGAAAACAGCCCCAGCGCAAGUACUGCAGGUACCUCCCCCUCAGCUGCAAGUACCGCUACCUCAACAGCGACCUCGAGCUAGAGCUUUGGGUCCCACCCAGCCAAAACAUUGGUAGCUCUAUACUAAUUGUUUGAUUUGCGUCCAUUUGCGCACGAUAAACCAAAGGGAGAGAGCGGCGAGAAAUGGGCCUGGAAAACUGUGAGUUGCGCAGGGUCAAGAACCGCUACCGGUCGAUCGGGUCGGUUGAGCGAGUUUUUAGUCAUGAAACAGACCAUUGAGAAUGCUCGUUUCCACGAGAGCGAAUACUGGGUAAUGUGGAAAUACUGGGGUCAUUAUCAAACAUGCUCGAUAGGGCAGUUCAUGAAUAAAUACUUGAAUAGAGCUCAUUCAUUUUACAUCAGUUUCAUUCAUCUACAAAUACCCAAGACGAAAAUUAUACAAACAAUCUCGAGCUGCUGCUUAGAAGAAUUCACACACCUAUAUAUUCUCCGCUGUCCUGGCUGUCCUGGCCUCGGCCUUUUCCCCAUCUCCACCGGUUUUCUCAAAAAAUCGUGCUUUAAAUAGCCAUUAGCACGAGCACCAACAAGCGGGUCGUUUGUCCACUGCAGCUAGCGGGCGUUUACUCGUUCUUCGAUACAUAAAGGCGGAGUGGCAGCUGUUGCUUUUCGUUGAUAUCCCAAAGUUUCCGUCACACUCUCUUCGAGCUCAAGGUCUCACAAGAUCAAGCAUUGGGCAAACCCGUUUGUUUAUACAACACGUGUACAGAGUACACAAAUAGAACGGGCGUUUCCGUUUUCUAGACGUUUCUCUUUCCUUUCGCUUUCUCCUCCUUCUAGAAGGUCGCAAUCCCACUAAAAAGAGCAACACUUGUUCUCCAGCAAGAAAAACAAGACACCAUGAACGACAUGAGCGGCAUGGACGACUCAUCGAGCAGCUCCAACUCGAGCAGCUCCUCCAUGAGCACGGGCAUGGCAAUGACGUUUCAAACCGAUAUUCGAACCGCCCUCUUCUCCACCGCCUGGACGCCCCAGAACGCGGGCACCUACGCGGGAACCUGCAUCUUCCUCAUCGCCCUCACAGUCAUUCUCCGCCUGAUCGUGGCCUACAAGACCUACCAGGAGCGCGUCUGGGCUGACCGAAACGCCCAGCGACGCUUCAUCGUCGUCAACGGCAAGGAGCCCAUGUCGGAGCGCCUGUCAAGAGAUCCGGACGCGAAGCAGAUGACCAUGAUGCUCUCGGAAAACGGCGUCGAGGAAAAGGUCCUGGUGGUGGAAAAGAAGCACCACGCGGUUUCUCCUUGGCGAUUCAGCGUGGAUCCUCCCAGAGCGGCUUUGGAUACAGUCAUUGUCGGCAUUGGAUAUCUGCUCAUGUUGGCUGUCAUGACUUUCAAUGUCGGCUACUUCAUGUCCGUCCUGGGCGGCACAUUCCUGGGGAGUCUCCUUCUCGGCCGUUACGGCGGCAUCCCUGGCCAUUAAGAGUCGCAAUUUACGACGACUUUGUACAAACGGCUUUUGCUCUUAAUUUCUGUACGACGAUCACGACAUCAGCAUUGCAAUGGGCGGUUAUGGCUUCUUUUUUUUUAUUUUCCCCCAAAUCAUCUGUGGAUUUUACGGAUGGGGCGUUACGGUGUUUUCUGGCCAUUUGGGCCAAGGGGGACCUACAUUCAGGAGACGGGGAGAACAGGAUGAACGGGAUACCAAAAAAAAUAUCGAGCCGCAAGGGAAGGGCAGUGGUAUGGAUUAAUUAUCAAUAAGGCACAAAAACACAGAAAAUAUUGAAAUAUUCCUCAAUGGCUUGGAAAUCACAAACAUCUAAUCUUCAGCACAUUCCAACUGCGGUCGUUGUAUCCAAAACGCUGCAUGUCACUCAAAAGUACCCCGAGUAUCCGGUACUUCCGCCCCGUACCUCGCGCGCAAGCUGAUUAAAAACCUUCUCAAACUUGCUCAACAGUGGUUCGUUGCCGAAAGCGGUAAAGCUUUUCUUUUUCUUCGUUCGAACUGAGAAAAGUCACGUGAUGGUUCACCGGAAUGCUGGGUCUCAGUUGCUUACGUCAGACCAGUAGAACGAUUUGGAGCUUCGAAUUUGGGUUAUCGUCAUGUUCAAAUCAUUUAAAGUCGAGCUGAGUACCUGUAUACAAAAAUGGGUGCUAUUAUUAAAGACGAGUGCAGUAUGUCCCCAAAAAAUCAUGUUAUUAGAGAGAUUUUUCGUCUGAAGAUAUGCCAGUACUGCUACAGUUCAAAACCUACAUCUUCGUAACAACGUACAGUAUCCUCAACACAAGUCACCAAUGAGAGCAUCUCCAAAACCAGCAACCAGAUUUCUAAAAACCGCUGAAUUAACGUUUUGUACGAGUUACCAUCAUGCAAGACAGGCAUCGAAAAAACUCGCUACACUGACCA